AUGCGGUCGACCCAGGUAUUGAGAGCGGCAAAGUCUGCCAAUGCUAUCCCCGUUAACCAGAAAUACACUCUUCAAUCUACCGGCGUUUGGGAACGCAUUCGUCGGUUUUUAGCCGUCGACCCUAACAGAUCAAAUGGUGUUCCAUUGAACCCUCAAUUCCGAAACCCCACCCCAGGCGCACUCGCACCACAAUCCUACGAUGACCCUGUCACGCUGCCCGCUGGCGAUAUUGCUGACAACCCAUACUGGAAACGAGAUGGACGACGAAAUUACGCCCGCCCAAGCGUACUGAGGCAGGCGGAUGUUGUAGGACUUCUUACUGUUGGAAGUGAGGCGUCUCCUAAAGCAGACGUUCUUCAGAUCGGAGACGCGGGCGCCCAGCAGCUUGUGGAAGUUAGGCAAAAAGGAGAGGCACACGGGUUAGCUGCAUUCUUCGAGAAGGAAAAGAAUGUUCAGGGUGUGCUAGACUCACAGGGACUCCCGCCUAUGGCUCCGAACUUAAACCCGGCAUCGAGGUAUGAGCUAGGCACUGAACAUGGCUAUCCGUCGAGUUAUCCAUGCCGUACUUUCGUGUAA